GGAAACUGCUCGGCUCGGCUGAGACGUCAGUGUCACGUGGGUGUGACGCGUCAGUAUCACGUGUCACGGCGGUUCAAACUGAAAACAUUCAGAACCAUGGGUCAAGAGUUCCUCGUGCUCCGGUGUUUCACCUGUCAGAGCUUCCAGGUCCAACAGGUGAAGAAAGUGAACAAGUGGACCUGUAAGCUGUGUGGAGAGAAACAGUCUCUGCUAAAGGAGUUUGGGCGGGGCUCCGGGGCCGACUGCAGACGUCACGUUCAGAAACUGAAUGCCAUGAGAGGAGCCAAGAUGGAGGACCAGGAGCAGCACACCUUGUCACUAUGGAAGCAGGAGGGAGAGGAGGAACCUGAGGAACAGGUGGGCCGGCCUCAGGUGAGCAGCUGGAGUAAAUACCUGGACACACCUGAGGAGGCAGGGCCAAAGGAGGAGGAUGUUUUGAUGGACAGCCAGCAGCUCCAUGUCAACAGCAUGAUUGACAGGAAGAGGAAGAGAGGAGGUCAGGAGGACAGGACACCUGGACAGUCCAGCUUCAGGAGGAGACCCUCUGACCCUCUGACCAGUGAGGAGAGCCUGGAUCCUGCUGGUUCCCUCAGUGUUGACUGGCAGGUGGGCGGAGCUUCCUCUAUGAUCAGUGAGACUCCGCCCCCCACUAGGCCCCUUCCCCUACGUCCUGUUUCCUCCAUGUUUGACAGCGGAGAGGAUUUCAGUUUGGAUUUAUAAACUGUUUAUGUGUAUCACUCUGAGUCUGUGUAUCACUCUGAGUCUGUGUGUCACUCUGAGUCUGUGUGUCACUCUGAGUCUGUGUGUCACUCUGAGUCUGUGUGUCACUCUGAGUCUGUGUGUCACUCUGAGUAUGUGUAUCACUCUGAGUCUGUGUUUCACUCUGAGUCUGUGUGUCACUCUGAGUCUGUGUGUCACUCUGAGUCUGUUUGUUUAUCACUCUGAGUCUGUGUGUCACUCUGAGUCUGUUUGUUUAUCACUCUGAGUCUGUUUGUUUAUCACUCUGAGUAUGUGUAUCACUCUGAGUCUGUUUGUUUAUCACUCUGAGUCUGUGUGUCACUCUGAGUCUGUUUGUUUAUCACUCUGAGUCUGUGUUUCACUCUGAGUCUGUGUAUGUGUAUCACUCUGAGUCUGUGUAUCACUCUGAGUCUGUGUAUCACUCUCAGUCUGUGUAUGUGUAUUACUCUGAGUCUGUUUGUUUAUCACUCUCAGUCUGUGUAUCACUAUUAGUCUGUUUAUCACUCUCAGUCUGUGUAUCACUCUCAGUCUGUGUAUCACUCUCAGUCUGUGUAUGUGUAUUACUCUGAGUCUGUUUGUUUAUCACUCUCAGUCUGUGUAUCACUAUUAGUCUGUUUAUCACUCUCAGUCUGUGUAUCACUCUCAGUCUGUGUAUCACUCUCAGUCUGUGUAUCACUCUCAGUCUGUGUAUGUGUAUUACUCUGAGUCUGUUUGUUUAUCACUCUCAGUCUGUGUAUCACUAUUAGUCUGUGUAUCACUCUCAGUCUGUGUAUCACUCUCAGUCUGUGUAUCUCUGUCUGUAUCACUCUCAGUCUGUGUAUCACUGUCUGUGUAUC